AUGGAUAAGCUCCCCGUCGAGCUGCUCUGCAUGAUUGGGGAAAAUCUUACAAGCCCCGACCUCGCUAGCUUCAGCCGCGCAAGUCGCACACAUUGGCAGCGGCCGGAACCGCUUUUGUAUCGCCUGCAUGCCUUACGAGGGACUCGUCAGGUGUGGUCUGCCCUCGCUCGGGCUCUAGAAUUCGCGGAUAGGGAGAAGCCAGAAUUGCAGGCGAUGCCACUCAUCACUCUUGGCAAGGUUGCACGAUUUUGUAAACUGGAACCAGCUCUCCUCGACCGCUGCCGCUCAACCAGUCCCGCCUACCGCUGGCUCGACUCCAGCACCAGAGAUCGGCUCCGCAGGAUAUCGGUGCAGCUCGAGGACUGGCCUUCUAUGUCACCCCUCCAUGUUGCCGCGCUGAAAGGUCUGGACGAUAUUGCCGCGUGGCUGCUCAGCCAAGGGGCCAGUGUCGACGCGCUCAUGCCCGGAACAACAACGACAGCGCUGAGCCUGGCCAUCUUGGGAGAACACACGUCCACCGCCCUUUUACUGCUCGCCAACGGUGCCGAUCCAGAACUACGAGAGAGUGCCGGUCCAGAACAACGAGAGAGUGAGCGGCAUCUGCCCACCGUCCUCCACCUGGCGUGCGCGCUCGGGCUGGCCGAAUUGGCAGACCGGCUUCUCUCCGAGCGGUCCUUGGAGGCUCAACCCACAGAGCUGUUGGCCACCUACCGUCUCCAUUGCCCAUCCGAUGUCCCCAGACUCGCGGCGGGGCUGGUCCGACGUGGCGCAGAAGUAUCAGAAGACACGGUCGGUGCUUUUCUGCGCGAGUCGAGAUGGCAGUCGGCCUGGGAGCUGCUCACGUCGCCCACGCUGUCCGACCAGCUAACGGCAGAGGGGGCAAGCAGAGGCAGAGAGCUGGCAAGGCGCGUCGAGACGGCCGUGCGGAUGCUGCAACACCUCCUCAGCCUCGGUGCCGACCCUGACUUGGGUAGGCUUCUCUGGCGUUCGUCGGGCGGCGUCAGCUAUCCCACGUUGCUCAAGCUCCUACCCCCGCUCCUCGAGGCUGGGAUGGACGUCAAGCCCGCUCCCCCGCGCAAACGGCGACGCGCCGGACGACAGCCGCCAGUCAAGUACGGGAUCGACGAUCUCCUUGGCUACACAAGCCCUUACGACAAGGCCCAGGACGAUGAGGGUGCGGUCGCCCAGCUUGCCAUCAUUCGUCUACUGCUUCAGCACGGCGCCCCCAUUGGCGGUGCCACGCGCGGAGACGCCCUGGACUCGUUUCUCCCAGGGCCCGGCCAACAACUCCACGGACGAGAACGUUGGUCGUACGAGCUUACCAAGGUUCUUCUUAGACAUUGCAACAACACACUAGAGGACAUGCGUGGAGAGGAUAUCAAGGCAUUUAUGAGCCGCUAUUCAGAGGUGCAGGGCAGAACCAGAGUGACAUUGGUCGAUGGACUGUAG